AUGAUUGGGAAUGUUAGAAGCGGCAUUCUUCUGUUAGAGCCUGUAGUGACAGUUCGUCAAACUGCUUCAUUACCUGGAUCUAUCUCCAUGAAUGUAAUAUCAAAAGAUUUUUAUCAUAUUGGCAAUGAUGUUAUUGAAAUUGAUGUGGAUUGGGGUGACACGGUAGUAGCCAUGUCGUCUGGCUAUAAGUUGGAGAAGGAACAUACCAUCUCUUAUCACAACCUUCAAUAUGUUUUCAAAGCAAAACACAACAACACGCAAUUUGAUGUUGAGGUAGAUAAGGUUAUACUUCAUUAG